AUGGCAUGGGUGUCGGGUGGCAAGAAGAAGCUGAGCGAGCCCGAGCAUGGGUGGGAAGGGCCGAAUGGAGCGCUUUCUGCUUAUUGGAAUGGGUGCGAAAGCAACUGGUGCUUUUGUCCGGAUCAAAGCAACGUGUGGCGUCUUCCGCUGCUGCGGGGCAAGUCUGAGGCCGGCAACAGCAGUCAGAUUCAGUCUCAAGAACAUCGGCGCGCCAUUCCGGCGGAUAGCUUUGAAAACAGCCGCGGCGGGUGCACCAGGGAGGCCGCUGAAAACCGGCAAGUUGUGCAAGUGGGUGGCCUGACUAUGCCUCAGUAA